UGGGGCCGGCCUGUCUCCGGCACGGACAUGGCGGCCGGGCAGGGAGGCGGCGGCGGCGGCGGGCUCGGGCUCCCCGCUCACCUCACCCUGUCCUACCCCACCGGGCCCUACUGGGGCGCGGCCCCGCUGCCCCAGCCCCACACGGGGCGCAGCCUGGACCGGGCCCUGGAGGAGGCGGCCGGCUCGGGCAUCCUCGGCCUCAGCGGCAGGAAGCUCCGCGACUUCCCCGGCGGCGGCUACGACCUGAGCGACACCACGCAAGCAGAUCUUUCAAAGAACAGAUUUACUGAAAUUCCUCCAGAUGUCUGGCUGUUUGCACCACUUGAGACUUUAAAUUUGUAUCACAACUGCAUCAAAUCCAUUCCUGAAACCAUCAAAAAUCUGCAGAUGUUAACAUAUCUUAAUAUUAGUCGAAAUCUUUUAGCAACAUUGCCAAAAUACCUGUUUGACCUGCCACUUAAAGUUUUGGUUGUCAGUAAUAAUAAGCUGGUAUCCCUUCCAGAAGAAAUUGGAAAGUUAAGAGACCUGAUGGAGUUGGAUAUCAGCUGCAAUGAGAUUCAGGUCCUUCCCCAGCAAAUAGGAAAACUCCAGUCACUUAGAGAAUUAAACAUUAGAAGAAAUAAUCUCCAUGUGUUGCCAGAUGAAUUGGGAGACCUUCCCUUGGUAAAGCUGGAUUUUUCUUGUAAUAAAAUUACAGAGAUCCCAGUUUGUUACAGGAAAUUACGUCAUUUACAAGUAAUAAUUUUGGAUAACAAUCCAAUGCAGAUACCACCAGCACAGAUAUGUUUAAAGGGCAAAGUUCACAUAUUUAAAUUCCUCAGUAUUCAAGAAUGCCUCAGAAUAGAUAAAAAACCAGAUUCCUUAGAUCUUCCAUCACUGGGUAAAAGAAUCCCAUCCCAGCCACUCACAGACAGUAUGGAAGACUUUUAUCCCAAUAAAAAUCAUGGUCCUGACUCUGGCAUUGGCAGUGAUAAUGGGGAUAAAAGAUUGUCUACAACUGAACCAUCUGAUGAUGACACAAUCAGCCUUCACUCUCAGGUAUCAGAAUCGACGAGGGAACAGACGUUAAGGAAUGACAAUCAUUUAAUAGGAAGUAGAUUUGACUCACAUAAAGACCAGGAGGUGUAUGAUUACAUUGACCCUAACACAGAAGAUGCAGCUAUUCCUGAACAAGGAGAUGUACAAAUGGGACCGUUUGUCUCUUAUGUUAAGGAACGAGGAAAACACCCUGAGAAAUUGCAGAAAAUAGAAGGGAAUGAUGAGUGGGGAGAUGAAAAAAGGCUUCAGAAAGAGCAGCUAUUGGCAGAGGAAGAUGAUGAAUUGAAAGAAGUGACUGACUUGAGAAAAAUAGCCGCUCAGCUACUGCAACAAGAGCAGAAAAACAGACGGAGACCAUUAACCUAUAGAACUUCAUUCAGUGAAAAACUCUUCCAGAGGACGAGGGCUGCAGGACGUGCAUCCAGGCUUCUUAAUCAUUCAACCUCAGUAAGCACAAGAAACAGGCCAAAGCAGACUGUGGAAUCUGAAAAAAGUGUCUCAACAGAUGAAACAAAUUCUCCAGUGUCUCCUUACAGAUGGCAGCCACUAGAAAACCAAAAGGAUCUGACAGAUGAGCAGCACUGGCCAGAAACACAGCCUGUUAUCUGGCAGAAUGAAGAGAGGAGGAGGAGCAAACAAGUUAGAAAGGAAUAUUUCAAGUACAAGACUUCCAGAAAGAGUUCAAGUGGAAAUGAAAAUGAUGAGCAAGACAGUGAUAAUACUAAUGUGUCCCCACAGUCUCCUGUAUCAUCUGAGGAUUAUGAAAGGACAGACAGUAACUCUCAUGGUCCGUUUGGUCUCAAACCUAGGUCAGCUUUCAGCCGUUCCUCUCGCCAGGACUCUGGAGUAGUGGACCCUGGAUUUACAAUGAGGAGGAAAAUGGAGCAUUUAAGGGAAGAAAGGGAACAAAUAAGACAUCUUCGCAAUAAUCUUGAAUCGAGGUUAAAAGUCAUUUUGCCAGAUGACAUUGGAGCAGCAUUGAUGGAUGGGGUUGUUCUUUGCCAUUUAGCCAAUCACAUAAGGCCACGUUCUGUUGCAAGUAUUCAUGUACCAUCACCAGCAGUGCCUAAACUCAGUAUGGCAAAGUGCAGAAGAAAUGUUGAAAACUUUCUUGAUGCUUGUAAAAAAUUGGGCGUGCCACAGGAAAGGCUUUGCCUGCCUCAUCACAUUUUGGAGGAAAGGGGUCUAGUGAAAGUUGGUCUUACGGUUCAGGCUCUGCUUGAACUACCUUCAUCUAAAGCAUCCCAGCUUUCCUCUGUGUAACGUGACUUUUGGAAACCAGACAACUUAUCAUGGAUCUAUUGAUUUAGAUUGCUGCCAAGCAAUUCAGCUUCCUCAAUGGGAACAUCCAAGCCAUCAGAAGUAGUUUCUGCCCAGACACUUUAGACAGAGCCUUAUUUUGGAGGGACAUGUAAAACUUUGAUUUCAAACUGACUGUUACCUGAAUAUACAGUUAUACUGAUGUUUUAAAACUUGGAUGCACAAGAGAUUUUAACAACAUCAGAUUCUCUGUCCAGGUAAUACAAGUUCCAAGUUUCCCAUUAAUGUUUCAUGAUAUUAUUUUUAAAAACUGGAUUUUUUACUACAUUGAAAAUGUUGUUUAGUUUUGUUUGUUAAAGGAUAACACACACACACACACACACACACACACACACCAAACAAAGCCCUACUAUAAAAAGUUUGUCAGUCAUCUGGAUUACAUGUAAAGAUAAAACAAAAACCAGCUACAGUAUGAUAGUGAAAAUCUGAGUGACAGAUCAUAUUUAAUCCAUUUUUGUUUCAUAUAGCUCUAUAUUUGAGUUUUUUAUUUCUUGCACUUCUGACUGUAAUUUAUAUACUUCUAACAUCUCCAGUAUUUAGUUGGAUGUAUGGUAAUUACACAAAACAUUAUAUAGGAAAAAGGUGUUUUUUUCCAAUCUUCUAAGUUUGUGCCAAACUAUUUUUUCAGUUGUACGGUAGAUUGUUUACAUGUGAAGUGCCUGUGUAAUUGAUGACUCUUAAUAGUCUUAAACGUUUUUGCAAUUUCUUUGUCUGAAAUAGAUACAAUGGGAAUUUUAAAAUAUUUUAAUAAUUUUUCGUAAGGUCAGUAAUAUGUGAAGAUUUAAAUGAUGCUUCACAUUUUUGGUGUUAGGUGUUUUAAGUUGCACAAUUUAAUUGAUUAUGUUGUCUAAUGAUUGGAAAAAUAAUGUAAAUACAUUUUAUUUAUGCUAUUUAAUUUGAUAAUACCCAAUCACUUCUGUUGUAAUGUAUUGUUAACAAAAAUUGUCACUUUGAGUUAUUUUCCUUGUUUGAGACAAACCAUGAUGUCCAUAGUUAAAUAAGAAAUAUAUGGACUAGUGACGCAUACAUAAUAAUCAUUAAGGAUGUUUUGAUAAAGCUGCCAAAAUCUCAGGUUUAUGCUGUGACUUUCAGUAUUUUACAUCAUGUUGUCCCUGAUUUUGCAUUAGUUUUUUUUACAAUAACAAAUCACCAUAAGUUAGAUUAAAAAAAAUUCAAGCUAGGAAUCUUUAUAUUUUUCAAUGUUUACACGUUUGUUGAGAGGGACUUAUUUUGGAAAUAAUCACCUGCAUGACAUACCGCAUCAUCACUUUGCACCAAUGCUUCUCAUUUGCACCAGUAUCACCAAUUAUAAACAGUUAAGUCUGUGCCGAGAAUAUCAAACUCUCGGGGACAAAUGUAAAAAAAAAAAAAAAAAAAAAAAUUAAAUAAACUAAAUCCCCGCAACAGAAGCUUUGUCGAACUUCUGGGUUUAAGUACUUGUUCGAUUCUACAACUUUUCUGACUGAUAUUUUUCCCACAGUGUUCUGAGAACUUUCAGAAUGAUGGGCAGUUGACAUCCUUUUUUUCUGUCUCUUUCCCUACCUCCCAAACAAAAAAAGUUUACCUUCUUAGUAAAUAUGUGACUUACCCAGAGCCCAACAUUUCUGAUUAUGUCUCAGAUGUAUUUUUAGACUGUUACUUUAGACCAAGGGUAAAACCUUGUGUGCCAGAUGAUGUAAAAAAAUUAAGUUGUACUCUGUUGCCAAUUGACCUAAAGCUGUUUCAUUUCAUUUCCUUACUCUCUUUAAUUGAAGCAUUAAAGCCAGUUGAGAAGAAAAUUAUAAUCCUGAUGGCUAAAAGAUUUAGAAGAUAAAAUAAUUUUAAUGUUCUUUAACUAAAAUCCAUUGAAAUAAAAGUAAUUCAUGGGCUCUUGUUAACAUACUCUGUUUAUAGAGUGCAUUCUCAAAUACAGCUCAUUUAAAAAAAAAAAAAAAGCCAUGCCCUCCUUUACAAAAUCAUACACAUAAAAAUAUCAUUUAAACAGGUACUCAUGCAGAAACUGUAAUUGGCUCAAUAUAAUCGGCCAUUAAAAUAAGUAGUUUCAUUUAUCUUCCUCUGAAUUAUCCUUUUUUAUUGUUUAUCUUAAUUCAUAUUCAUAAGAGAGGUCCAUUGUAAAAAAGAAUGGGUAAAUGUAUUCUCAUUUCACAUAAAUGCAAUAUCAGGGGAAAAGAAUAAAUUUAGUUGAGAUUACAAUGAACAAGCACAUUUAGUUCAGUAAGCAGAUUUUUGGUUGUUACUUUUGCUGUAUUUUAAUAGCUGAAGAAUUACCUGAUCAUUCAAAAAAAGAAAAAUGUUCCAUAUUAAGAACUGUACUAUCUUGCAAUUUUUUAUACAUACCCUCUUGACCUCAAAAAUAGCAAUUCCUUUUCCAGUAGUGUUAACCAUAGACUUGCUGGUGGCAAAGACAUUAACUUUAAGAUUUUUGUAACCAUAGUCUAAGUUGGAUAAUGUUUAAAUACGUUCACCAAUCCUGAACAACACUUCAGUUUUCUGGAUGGAAUUAAGUUUCCUCUGUAAAGUUUGUUGAAUACAGUGCAAUCCUCACUUAAGAUCACUUCUAGUCACUUAGUUUUUGUUUAUCCCUUGUGGAGUAUUGCAAUAUGUCAAGAGAAGAUUACAUUCUGACUUAAAAUUUGAACACUAAAGUCUAGCUGUCAGUGUAGUACACUAGUUUCACUUAAAAAUAAAUAAAUAAAAGUUAGCACAGUUUUCCCUAAAUAGCUUAAAAUAGUUUGACAGAUUUAUUUGGGCAUAAGCUUUCAUGGGUAAAAAAACCCCACUUCUUCAGAUGCAUGACUCCAUGCAUCUGAAGAAGUGUUUUUUUUACCCACGAAAGCACCUCCUCCUGCGCAGGGAUCCAGAGGGGAAAACAGUCUGACGCCGGGUCCCAGGCUUGUAUGGAGUUUCCUGUAUGCCAUCUUCUUCCUUCAGGGUGCUGGGAACCGCAGCUGCCCAGAACCCUCGUUCUCCCCCCAGCAGUGUAUUUGCAAGCUGGAGAGCUGGACUUUGCUGGAACCUAGUGGCAGCCAGCAGCUUUGCAGCACCAAUUCUGCAGGGAAAAAGGAAAUUCUGCCCAGAACAUGAAUUCUGCAUUGCGCAAUGGUGCAGAAUUCCCCCAGGAGUAGUAGCAGCUGCAGAAGAGACUGAAAAAGGACUUAAUAUGGCUCCAUGUUUUAAGGGAUGAAGAAACAAUACCUCCAAUCUGAAAAUGGGGAGGCAUUGCUGUCUACAACACAUCUUUUUCCCCCACCUCAGAAUUCAGAAUAAACCCCACAACUGCAGCUUUGGCGGGUAAGGGAAGGGCAAGGUUCCUUAGGUCAAUAUUGAAUGAAUAUUCGAUUUCCAUGCAGAAAUCAGGGUUCAGAGCAGGAUGCAGUGUGGCAGGGCCUGACCAUUCCCUUGUGUUAGCCCAGCCCACUCGGUGGAAGUAGCAGUCUCUCCCUCCUUCCACGUGCAGACAAGGGGAGAGCAGCCCAUAGAAGGAUGCUCUUAGCUGGUGCAAUUAACUAAUAUUGCAUGUUUAGAGUGUUGUUUCUAAAUGUCUUUAAUCAUAAGAAGCCAUCAUCAAUCCUUCUAUUUAUUAUCUAUUUCUAUUGCUAACCGUAUCUGCUUACAGACCCACUAACUUCACCCUCUCAUGCUCCCAGGAGCCUGUCUUUCCCCUUACUUUUCCAUGUGGGAAACUGCCUCACAGCUGUGCACUGAGGCAUCAAAUGGAGUGAAGAGAUCCCAACAUCCUGCAUGUUUGAAACACUGUGUUUCCAUUUUGUGUAGUACCUUCUUUGGCUACUCAGAUUGGGUCCUUUUUGGUGGGGGCUUCAGAGAAACUCCGCAUUGGCUUGACUUGAAUAGGAAUAGACUUAUGCCAACAGUAAGAGCUUUAGGAAAUCUCACUCAUUGCCUUUUGAUGAUUUAACUAUCCUAGGAGUUACUCACAUGCUGAUUAUUGAGCAUUCAAAGCCGAGUUACCCCAAGAUAAUAUAAAACUAUAAGAUGCAUUUUUAAUUGUGUGUCUGAACAUAUCAAUAUGUUUUCUUUAGCCCCAUAUGUUUCUUCUCUUCCCCCAAAGAUUGGCAGGAUAUUUGGAUGGCUCCAAUGUCUCAUGUAAGAAUGUUUUGUCCUUUAAGGAAUAAGAUAUUUCACCCAAGGCAUUUCUAAGUGAUUCAUGCCACUACUUAAAACAUGCUAUAAAGUGCUUAGUUCAAGGUGGCUGAAUGACUUCGAACUGUCUCAGAAAUACACUUACUAAAGUGUCUCAAUAGUUUACAUAUAAAUAAUUAAAGGCUGGACUGAUUAGAUCUGUGACUUUGAUUGGCAUGGCACACAGGAGUGCAAGUCAUUGACAGACCAUCAAAAAGCCUCAGUUGUGUCCAGAUUUCUAAAGCCCUUCCAUAACAUAACCAGGGCCCUAAAUGUACUGUAUAAAGGAGCAAAUUAAGGAAGGAAAUAGUAAUAAUUUUUUAACUGUGACAUGAAUUGUAAGGAUUCUGAGUAAAAUCCUGGCUCCAUUGAAGUCAUUGGGAGUUUUGCUAGUGACUUCAAUGGGACCAAGAUUUCACCAUCUGAUCGAAACCAAAAGCCUACAGUAUUUUGAAAAGAAUUCCUCAGGAGCACAACUUUUACACCACAAGAAGCUAAAUAACCUCAAUUGUGGAGGUGGGAACUAUCAGCAGUUGUUUCACGAUAGUGAAAACUGCAUUUUUUUUUUUUUAAAUGUUUGGUGACUUGGAGGCAAUUCUCUUCCAAAAUAAAAAACAUUGGCAUUAAAAUCCAUGGCCAGAUUCAAACCAUGCUAAGAUGUCAUGUAUUCCAUAAAUAUUUUCAAUUUUGAUCAUUUUUUGACAAGAUGGUGAUUGUCUUCACUAAACCUCAGAAGUUCCAUGUUUCUCCCCAGUAUUUCAGGAAAUGAUAGUUUUAAAAUAUAUUUUCAAAACUACUGGUGUUCACAGGCAGAGAGUGUGCAAAUGAAGUAAAGGAUCACGUAAGCUCUGACGUUUCCUUUUGAUAUUUUCUUAAAUCCCAAAACAUAAUAUAGGGCUGCAUUUUAAUCUGGCUUUUUCAAAAUAAGUCUGCAUUCCAACACAGAGACAAUGAUAAAACAUUUAUUAGGUAAGCAAAGUCUUGAAAAGAAAUAUCUUUACCAAAUUCCAACUUCCCCAACAUGUUUUUCAUAAUUUGGAAAAUGACAAAAUGUCAAGUCUUCACUUGCAUUAAAAGGCCUACUUUUACCAUGAUACAAUCUGAUUAACUUUUGUCUCAGUGUAGUAGGUUCUAGUUUAUAUUUUCACUGGUAAUUCUUACAAGAUUUUUAGCACUUCUUCUUGUUAAAAAUAAUUCUGCACCGGUUAGGCAUUCUACUUCUUCGAGUGAUGGUACAUGUGUGCACCAUGCAUCUGAGUCUGGAGAUUUUUAGUAAGUAGUGUCUGUUGAUCCACAUACACAGUUGCUCUUCUCAAGCUCCGAACCAAGGACAUACGAGGCAGUGUGGACCGAUGCCUCUCCAAUUCCUUCCACGUUGCCUGAGGGUGGAAUCUUCUGCAUCCACAGCUUCUUCGAUUGCUUUCUUCAAUCAAUCUGUGUGUGUGUAGAUAGUGCAAAUACUAAAAACUAUAUUUUCGAGUUGUAGUAUUUGUAUAGUGUAGUUUAGUUAGUUUUUUCCACACGUUGGAGAAAUUCUCCUCCAAGGGUGAGGACUAUGCCCACAGUCCCAGGGUUUAAGAACUGUUUCCUGCCCCCCACUCCUCCUCAGUGGGUGAUUAACAUCAAUGCUGACUUUACUGUCUUGGCAAGGCUCACAUCCCUGCUACGUGCAGCAUCCACCACUCUUUCCCCAAAUUCAUGAGGGUUGAGCACUCAGACUGAGAGAGAACCUAAUGGGGAAAAAAAUCAUGAGACCCCAGUUGCAUCCAGACUGGGGAGACCCCCUCUGUACACAAGUCUCAAUCAACAGGCAUCAUCCCUCUGAGCACAAACUCAGGAGCUGAGGCUACAACCUGCAAGGCUAAAGAAUCAAAGGGUUCUCAUGAGAGUAUGGGGCACUCACAAGCGCAGGGGCAAAGAUCCUCUUCAAAAUCUUACCUGAAGAGAUCCCUCCCCAACUCCAUCCAAGUCGGGUGAGUCCUUGCACACAGAUCCUAAGGACUCAGGCCCAGGUAAACCACCUCUGCAGGAGAAUGUGGCAUGCAGGAGUACAGAUCUGUUGAUACCAAUCUCGGUGCCGACAUAGAAACCAAAAGACAGGCAUCCACUGCCUUCAGCAUCCAGAUCAGACUCUGCACCAACCAAGUCUCAGAAAAAUCAGAUGUCCACUGUAACCAGGGAGGUGUUGGAUCCAGUGGCCCUGACCACCAAAACACCCUAUACUAUGUGGUAGUCUGAGACUUAUGUCUCCCUGGGGGAUAUUUUCACUCUUGUGUCCUCAGUCCCCUCCCCUCUUUGGUCCAACCUUAUUUAGAGAGAUCGUCAUACCAGAGGAAGAAACCAUCUUGAGGGCAUGGAGUUAACGUCUCUCAUACAUGAACCUGAGUACCCGUCCAUUGGUAUCAACGCUUCCAAUGGUUGAUCAGGAACCAAACUUCACAUCAGAUUAGUAAGAGGCUACAUAUGAACCUCUGCAUCUACAAAGGGAGGCAAGUAUGGACAGAAUUUCCAGGAAAACAGGGUUCAGUCCUCUGUCAAAGUAUGACUUUCCGAGGGACCGAUGGUUCCUAAUGCCAUGGGUCCACCCCCCAAUCAGUUGACCUCUCGCAAUGGCAUUACUGGGGCCCUAGGAGACUCUUACUCUUGGCACCCUGAUCCAUGCAUGAACCUUAUCUACUCUCUCCUACCCAACACCAAACAGCUCCAUUGGAAUGUGAGGGGGAGGAAGUUGAGCCAGAUCUGACCAUUCAAGUGGUUCCGGUGGCCAUCUCGCAUCAUCCUACCUAAAUUAAGCAGUCACCCCAUCUGCUGAUGAUCACAGGCAAUAUAAGGAACUCUCACAAAAAGUGGUGUCUUAGUGCCAGAUGCAGCUCAAGCAGGUUCAGGAGUCUCAGCACAGUUAUUGGACAUCUUGCAACCCUCAGGUCCAAGUCAAGAGGCCCUCCAAGUCAACAGUCAUUAUGGAUCCAGCCAGGGUAGUGUAGCACAUUCCUGCCUCAUGCACUCCCACUCCUCCCAAAAAAGGCUGAGAAGCACUACUUCAUUCCACUUAAAGAAGCAAGUUUUGUUUUCAGCAUCCGACUUCAGCAGCCACACCCCAAGAGGACACCUUUGGAGAAGGGUGCCAAAUGCCUCAAUCUCCUAGGGGGAGAAGUUUUCUCUUCAAGCUUUCAAUUGCAAAUUGCUGACUACCUGGCCCUCUUAUCAAAAUAUGAUUUCACCAAUUAAGGGAAGUUUUUUGAUUUCAAGGACAAACUCCCUCAGCAGGAUAGAGCCCAAUUCCAGAACCUAAUUGAUGAGGGUAAACUUUGUGGCCAAAACAUUUCUUUAGGCUGCAGUAGAUGCUGCUGAUAUUGAUUCCAGAAAGAUGGCUACUUCAGUUGUUGUGAGGAGAGAAUCCUGGUUACAGUCCUCAGGUUUUUCUUGGGAAGUGCAAAGUACCCUUGAAGAUCUGCCCUUUGAAGAAGUUAACUUAUUUAAUGAAAAGACUGAUGAGUCUCUUCACUCUGAGUACUUGAGAACAACACUUCGCUCUCUGGACAUCUAUACCCUUGUCCCACAGGAAGCACCGCAACCAAGUGUACAAGCCAAGAUGGCCCCCUCACAAACCACCACAUGAGGGACAGAGGGUACAGAGACCAAGGUACACAGCUUCCUCAAGGUCUAACACAGCUGAUUCCAACCUCCUGCCCAAGAGUUUCUUUUGACAAGACAUGCAAGGUCCGCAUUGCUGUGUUGAUGCCUCAUUAUUCUGACCCUGUCCCCAAGUAUUUGGUGGCCACUUUAUUCAUUGCAUCCCCAAUUGGAGUGCAAUAACAGACAAGUGGGUAUUGGAAACUGUUCACUCAGGCUAUACAAUUGAGUUUGUUACCUCCUACCCACAAACCCGCUUCUCAGCGUCUUUUCAGGGACCGAGUUCAUGAGACAGUCCUAUAGCAGGAGGUGGACUCUCUUCUCCAACAAGGAGCCGUAGAACGAGUGCCACCUCAACAUCAAGGGAAGGGAUUCUAUUGCCCAGUUUUCUUAGUUCCCCAAAAGAACAGAGAAUAGAGCAGGGGUAGGCAACCUAUGGCACAGGUGCCGAAGGCGGCACACGAGUUGAUUUUCAGUGGCACUCACACUGCCUGGGUCCUGGCCACCGGUCCAGGGGGCUCUGCAUUUUAAUUUAAUUUUAAAUGAAGCUUCUUAAACAUUUUAAAAACCUUAUUUACUUUACAUACAACAAUAGUUUAGUUAUAUUAUAUUAGACUUCUAGAACGAGACCUUCUAAAAAGGUUAAAAAUUUAUUACUGGCACACGAAACCUUAAAUUAGCGUGAAUAAAUAAAGACUCGGCACAUCACUUCUGAAAGGUUGCCAAGCCCUGGAAUAGAGACUAAUUCUUGACCUACCCCAACUAAUUGUCUUCGUCUGAAAGUUAAAAUUCAGCAUGAUCACAUUGGCAUCAACAAUCCCCUCUCAGGAAGAGGGCAACAUACUUCACAGAUCUUGACAUGAUCUUUCACUUAGGCAUUCACAUGUACCACAUAAAAUGUCUCAGGUUCUUUCUUGGGCAAGAUUUUUAUCACUUCGGAGUCCUCCUGUAUACACUAGAUACAGGGUAAUGGUGGCCCAGAUGAGAAGAAAUGGCUUUACAGUCUUUCCAUGUCUCGAAAACUGGCUGCUGAUGGGCAGAUCUGGCAGGGAAGUCCAGUCAGCGACCUUAUUCCUACUCCACCUCUUCUCUUACCUGGGAGUCUGCAUCAACAAACAAAAAUUCACUUUGAUUCCCACAAGGAUCAUAAAUUUCAGAACAGCAACUCUGGACUCUGCAAGAACCUACCUUCUGAUAGAGAGAUUCUACACCAUGAGUAAUUUGAUAAAACAGCUCACCCUCAGACUACAGCCAGGGUCUGCCUUUCCCAUCUAAACAACAUGGCCUCAGGCACCCACAUAACACUGUUUACUGGGCUCCACCUCCGCUGCCUAUAACGCUGGUUUCAGUCUAUCUGCUCACCAGACAAAGACAAUAUCAAUGCUGAAUAACAGUCCUGGCCAAGAUCCCGGCUUCUGUUGCCUGGUGGGGGAACCCAGAAAAAGUUGGUGUGGGAGUUCCUUUUCUCACACUCGAGGGUUGGGGAGCCCAUGUGGACAAUCACACUGCACUAGGCACCUGGACCCCUUGAGAGGUCAUCCUCAUCACACCCAACUGGCUGGAGACAGUUCUGGAUCUUGGAUUUCCUGAAGAUCUCAACCCAUCCUCCCAGCACUAGUUAUCUUCAGAAUCCUUUGGCAUUCCUGUCAUUUUAGACUGUUCUAGUCACCUUUUAGACCAGUUUUCAGAGUAGCAGCCGUGUUAGUCUGUAUCCGCAAAAAGAACAGGAGUACUUGUGGCACCUUAGAGACUAACAAAUUUAUUAGAGCAUAAGCUUUCAUGGACUACAGCCCACUUCUUCAGAUGCAUAUGCAUAUGUUCUUCUUUUUUAGACCAGUGGUUCUCAAACUAUUGUACUGGUGCCCCCUUUCACAUAGCAAGCCUCUGAGUGCGACCCCCCCCCCGUACAUUAAAAACACUUGUUUAUCUAUUUAACACCAUUAUAAAUGCUGGAGGCAAAGCGGGGUUUGAGGUGGAGGCUGACCGCUUGUGCCCCCCAUGUAAUACCCUUGUUGACCCCCUGAGGGGUCCCGACCCGCAGUUUGAGAACCCCUGUUUUAGACAUCAGGUCCAUCUUGUAGCAAGCAGUGCCUUUCAUCCUCCAGUCCUCCAAUUGAGUGCCAUACUAUCUUCAGUCAUCCAACAACUCAUCCUGAAAGGGACUCAUUAGAACCUUCUCACCAGUGGUGAAAUUAACACCAGAAUGGGAUCUCAAUCUUGUCCUGUCAGCACUUAAUAGACCUCCUUUUGGACCAAUAGCCACCUGUUCCGUGUCCCACCUGGCGAUGAAAGUUGUCUUCCUAGGCGCCAUCCCAUCAAUCAGAAGAGUGGGCGAGCUGCGGGAGCUCAAGGCUAACCACAACUAGCAAACAGCAGCAAAUGAGAGUUUUGCAAGGGUGUUCUGAGAUGAGGCAAGACUGUGUGAUCCUUGGGGUGAGUUUGUCUGUUGUGUGCUUGCUUGACUGAAGAUUAUAGUGUGGUCGAUUUGGAGGGCUGCGUGCUGAGCCAAGCGGCUAGCUAGGCUGGGAGCUUACUAAUGAGGCCCAAGCCUGCAAUCCUUUAAUGCUAACCCCUUUGGACUCCGUUGACAAGGGAGGAGGACUAACUCGGGGAGAAUAGGUUUAAAACGCUAGCUCCUAAGCAACCAGAGGAGCUAGCAAGUGGGAGCAGCAAACAGAGUUUUGAGGGAGUAUGAGGCAGAUUAUACCUAACAUACUCUAAACUUAGACCAAUAACCAUCACCCCUCCCAUCCCCACUUCCCCAAAAGGCCAUUCAGGAGUCAAAAGUCCAGCAGCAGAGUGGGGCUGUCCAGUUUAUUGCUCUGAAGAUGCUAUGUGUGCAUACUGUGCAAGCAGCUCGUGGCCCUCAGAGACCCGGUGCAGGCUCUUGGCACUAGAGUGACUGAACUGGAGGAGCUAAAGGAGGCAGGUAUACAGACAAGACUUUCAGGGACACAGCAGAACGGUCCUAUCCCCAGUCUGACAGCCUCUGUGCUGUUAAGGAGGAUGACAGUCUCGUGGAAGGAGAACAUCCCAAAUCCCAUAUUUGGGACCCUCCUUCCAGAUGUCAUGGUAUCCUCUUGCACUGAGGAUACCCAACUGGGGGAGGCAACUCCAGUUAUUGGGACAAACCAGAUGAUAAUGUGGGAUCAGAUUAUUAGAAAUCUAGGUAGUUAGGAUUGUGGUGACCAGGAGAAUAUUAUGGUAAAUUGCCUGCCCGGUGUGAAGACUGUGGAUUUCACAAGACAUCUAGACAGUGUGUUUUAUGUUGCUGUGCUGGAGAGGAGUCAGUGGUUGUGGUACAUGUAGGUGUCAGUGACAUAGGGAAAGGUAGGAGAAAGGUCCUGAGGGCCAAUUUUGUCCGUUAAGUCAGAGAUUAAUGUUGAGGAUCUCCAUUGUAACAUUCUUUGAAAUGCUUCAAGUUCCACACACAUUGCCAGGAAGACAGAAAGAACUGCAGGGUCUCAAUGUGUGGACGAGAAGAGUGUGUAGGGAGCAGAGGCUUUAAGUUUAUUAGGACCUGGGGAACCUUUGGGGAAAGGAAGGAUGGGCUCCACCCAAAAUGGAACCAGAUUGCUGGCAUGUAAAAUUCAAAAAGUUGUAGAAUUUUUUUAAGGGCUGGGGGAAAGCCAACAGGGGCAGAGGAGCACGUGCUUUGGACUGAGAUGUCCCCUAGGGUUGAAUUUAUUAAGGGGGAUAUUCUGUAUCCUAAUAGGAUAGGGAAAAGUUAGCAAAGUACAGAUUGGCGCUAGUGAGGAUCAGUAAAACCUAAGAAUCCCAUUUAAAUAGAACACAUGAAAGCAAGCAGCUGAAUGUUGACAAAUGUAAGUGCUUAUAUAAAAAUGCUAGGAGUCUAAAUACCAACGUGGGUGAACUAAAUUGCCUGGUGUUAAAUGAGGAUAUUGAUGUAGCAGGUGCUUGGGAAACUUGGUGAGAUGAAGAUAAUUAAUGGGACACAAAAAUACCAGAAUACAAAAUGAUUACGUGUAAAUUAGCUGUUACCGCUCAAGAAGGACAUCUCGGAGUACUUGUUGGUAGUGCUCUGAAAACAUCUGCUCAAUGUGCAGUGGCAGGCAAAAAGCUAACCAAGUUAGAAACCAUUAGGAAAGGGAUACAUAAGACAGAAAAUAUCAUAAUGUUACUCUAUAAAUCCAUUAUAUGUCUCCACCUGGACUACUGAUGCCAUUCUGGUCACUCCAUCUAAAAAAAAAGAUACAUUAGCAUUGGAAAAGGUGCAGAGAAGGACAACAAAAUAAUUAGGGGUGUGGAACAGCUUCCAUAGGAGGAGAGAUGUAAAAAGACUGGGACUGAUCAGCGUGAAAAAGAGAUGACUAAAGGGGGGUGUGAUGGAGGUCUAUAAAAUCAUGACUGGUUUGGAGAAAGUGAAUAGGGAAGUGUUAUUUGCCCCUUCACAUAACACAAGAACCAGGGUCAUAUGAUGAAAUUAAUAGGCAGCAGAUUUAAAACAAAAGUAAGUACUUCACACAAUGCACAGAAAACCUGUGGAACUUGCCAGAAAAUGUUGUGAAGGCCAAAAGUAUCUAGUUCUUUUUUGAGCCUAGAUAUAAAUUCAUGGAGGAUAGGGCCAUCAGUGGCUAUUAGCCAGGAUGAUUGGAGCAGCCCCAUGCUCUGGGUGUCCCUAAAGCCCCAGCUGCCAGAAGGUGGAACGGGAUGGAUCACUCAAAAUUGCCCUGUUCUGUUCAUUUUCUCUGAAGCAUCUGGCACUGGCCACUGUCAGACAGCAUAUUGGGCUAGAUGGCCCAUAUGGUCACUCUUAUGUUCAAGGCAAAUCCUCAUUAUACCACUUCUCAUAAAGAGACCUCUCUGCCUGUACCUGGAGUUCAUCCCUAAAAUAAUUUUAGUUUCACAUAAAACAAACCAUCCACUUAUUGGCACCUUUUCCCCCAAAACCUCAACGCUUCUGAUGCGGAGAGUAGGCUUCACUCUCUAGAUGUCCGACGGGCACUGGUGUUCUAUGUGGAGAGAAUGAAAGCAAAUCGGAAACCACCGAGACUAUUUAGCACCUUAGCAGAGCAAUCAACGACUCAAGCAUUCUCUGUGCACAGACUCUCUAAAAGGAUCUCGAGCUGAAUCUUUGCUACCAACUAGCAUGUCUCUCACAUCCUGAAGGGAUGAGUGCCUGCUCCACUUGAGCCAAAACAACCUCUCUAGCAUCUCUGAGAUGUACUCUGCUAGAUACAAGCAGGGCGGCUACUGGAGCUCUAGCAGUACCUUCAGACGUUAUGCGUUGGUCCGUACCUGUGCUGCAAAUAUAACGGUGGGAACAACCAUACUAGACAUGCAUACCAUUUUCAUUCUUGCUCCCACCUCCUGUUUGACUACUGCUUACUAAUUUUCCAUGUAUGGAAUAGACCUGGGAACCAUCACUCAAAGAAGAAAUGGAGGUAGGUUACCUGUUACUGGAGGUUCUUUGAGAUGUAUGGUUCCUAGCUGUAUUUACUACCCACUCUCCAUCCCCUCUGUGGUGGCCGAUGACUGGAUUCAUGGUAAGCGAAUAAACUGAAGAGGCAUCAGUCUGCACUGCUCCUCAUACCCUCAGUUCAGAGCAUGAGGAGAGCAACUGCGCACAUGUGGACCAACAUUGCUUACUAAAAAUCUCUGGACUAGUGCGUGGUGCAUAUGCUUACCCAAGUGUGGAACAUAGAAAGGGACCACACAUCUCAAAGAACCUCUAGUUACAGGUAAGCAACCUUUUUUACCAUUUUCUGCACCAGGUUAUACCAAGGGGUGCAUCCUUUUUUUGAAAUGAGCAUUUUGAAACACUCGUUUGUCAUUUCCAACAACUUCCAGCUGAAAAUGAAAUGCCUGGCGUUUAAAAAAGUCACGUGUAAAUAAAGGAACACCACUCUGAUCUGAAAUUGUAAAGACAAAUUCUAAUGGUCUAUAUACAAGAGAAUAUAUGCAAUUUUUGUGUGGCAUAGAAUUUCCAGUGGGGCGUAUGCUGGCUGCAUCCCAGACCAGAUUAUUCAGAAGACAGGUUAGCCGGGUGAAGCGAAUUGGGAGAAGAAAGCAGAUGGUUUGGAAUUGCAGUAUAGUUUUAUGAUUUAAAGGAUCAGCUCCUAGUUCUGGACCCACAUCUCUCUGAACAGGCUAUAGUAGGUAUAGAAUUGGUUUUCUCAGUUUCCAAUAAUUGUCACUUAAAAAAAAAAAAAAUACUGGCAUAUUGGACUCAUGAAAGGAAUGCUUGUUAGGGGAGUGUGCAGUGCUGCAAACGAAGAAAUUUCCCUGGAGUUAAGAUUGCUUCUUGACUCCAGUUUGUGAGCUACUAUACAGUAGUUGUAAUCGUAUGAAAAGAAACAGUAUUAACACUCUUGGCUAUUACAUGUGCAACACACAGUUAAGCAUAAUAUACAUACAAUGCAUUUAUAGAGGUCUCUACACACCUGUGGGGAAAACAUGUAUAUAAAAUGCACAGAUUUUUUUUUAAAAAGCACAAUAAGUUUUAUGUACAGUUAUUUUGAUAUAAAUGUGAAAAGAAAACAUUACGCUUUUAUUUCUAAUGUGGACAUUGUUUUCUCUGCAUUGUCCCUGUGAUUAAACUGAGAAGGAAGCUUCUCUAUUUUAAUUCCAGACAAUGGUUUUAAUUUUUAUUUCCUAGAAUAAAGCUUUGUAUUGAUUGAUUUUUAAAAGCUACUGUCUAUAGGGCAUUUCUGUUAAGUCUUAAAUUGUAGUUUUACACUACACUGUGUUUCGCUGUCAUUUUCUUUAUUUCUUAUCAUUUUUUUUAAAACGUGCUUUAGUUUAUAAAACCACCUAAAGGUCAUUUUUAAGCCUGGCAGGAGAAAACCGUGACAACCAUGAUGGCAUCAGUCACUCUGAAUGAUAGUCGAAUUGCUUUUAAAGUAAAUGAAAAUUAAGCUUUUUUUUUUUUUUAAACAAGGGUUCUUUAAGUAAACUUCCUUCUGUUGCACGCAUCAGCAUGCCAGUCCUUGAUAAGCUUUACAAAACUUCUCCCUCACUUUUCUAACAAGUCUUAAAAUAGAGGAAUUGAUUAAACCAAAUACAAAUUAAUUCCCGAUGGGUGAAACUCUAGCCCCAUUGAAAUCAAUGAGAAAACUCCUUGACUUCAGGGAAACUAGACUUUCCCCUGGUGUUUAUAACUGAGCUACAUAGCAAUCCAUUUAAAACAAUCUGUUGGCACUUAAGACAAAGUUAAGGCUUCCUCCCCAGUGGAAGUGUAGUACUUUCAUAAAGCCAGACAGAUCAAAUAUGUGGAGGUAACCACAAAAGUGUGGGGUUUUCAUGUUUUUUUUUUUUCUUUCUUUUUCUUUUAAAUCAGUAAAGUCUGCCCAGAAUGGCAGUUCUUAUUUUGGGCCUGACCAUGUUGCUCCCCACGUGGAAUUAACAUUGAACAUUGGGAGUUCUGUUGGUAGAGCACAUGCAGGAGCAAGCCUUUAUUUGUAAGUAUUAGUACAGUUUUGUUUGCUGAGCCCAUGUACUGUAGUAAGCAUGGAUAGGGCAUUGCCACAACGGUGGGAAUUUCCAAGUUGCCGCUGUUCUGUGUUGCAUCUACAGUAUAUGCAUAUGUUAGUCCUGUUUGUGUAGUGCGCACACAAACAUUGUAAAGGGAUUGUUUGGUGAAAUAGUGUGGGAUUAAUGUGAAUUAACUUUUAACUAUUGUGUAAUCUGUAGAACCAAGAAAAUGUGAUUGCUUAAAAACCAUGUUCAAUUAUCACUUGGUGCGUGUUCAGAUAUUUUGUUUUGUACCUUUUUUUGUGAUUACAAAACUCAGAAAACACAGUGUAACCAAAUCAGCAACAUGUAAAUGUAUGCAAAAUUUACCAAGUAAUUCUGAGACAGAGAUCUGGAAAGUGAUCAUAUACGUAGCAGCAAAUGCUUAAAUUGUGUAAAUAGUUAUAAUACAACUAUUUGAUAUUGCGUUUUAAUUUGUUCUGCAUUUCAUGUUUUGUAAACCCUUUCUCUCAUUUUUAAGUUCACCUAUGUGUACAAUACUGUAUCUUACGUCUCUUUUUUCAGGACUUCCAUUAUUGCUAGAGCUUCCAACAUGUACAUGUUUCUUUGAAAAACAAUCCUACUGUUAUUUUUUGUAAAUAGUUUUGUAUUGAAUUUGCAUGGAUAAAACCCACAUGUCCAAUACCAGUGUACAUAUUCUAUGUAUAAAAUACAAACUGUUUCAUAACUUC